AUGUCGAGUUAUCGUGGCCGAACAGGGCCAAAUUUCUCUGAGUAUCUCAACAACUUGAAUACUCUGACGCCCUACGACCAGGAGAACUUUUCGCCUGAAGAAUUCGAAUUGAACCAGGACUUGGCCAUGUUUACCAAUACCGACUUUACUCAUUUUGACAUUCCACCGCUGCCAGAAGAUGGUUCUUUCAAUUUUGACAUGAACGAGAACAAGAACAACAGCGCACGUGUGAAAUAUGAAGACCUUUUGUCCGGGUCCGAAACUGGUCACAACUAUCCACCGCCCCAGAUUGAAACAUCCGCGGCCGAGUCUUCUCACUACUAUACCACCUACAACACCCCAAUCCAACCUGCCCCUGCCCAAGGUUUUGGUGGCGUCGAGAGUCGUGGAUCUCCCAACGCCGGACCAUCAGCAGCAAGCCAGGCUCCCCGUAAGAAGGACUCGGUUGACCUCGGGGCCAUGACCCCCGAGGAGAAGUCUCGCAUUGCCGCCGAGGAAGACAAGAGGCGGAGAAACACGGCUGCCAGUGCUCGAUUCCGCAUUAAGAAGAAGCAACGAGAACAAGCGUUGGAGAAGACAGUCAAGGAAGUGCAGGACAAGAAUUCGCAGCUGGAGGCCAAGUUGCGCCAGAUGGAGGUCGAGAACAAGUGGCUGAGAGAUCUGAUCAUGGAAAAGAACGGUCUUCAGUCGAAGGAGGAGAUGGCAGCCGCGUACCAACAGUAUCGCAAAGACAGCGAAGAACGCGAGGUGAGAGAGAACGAUCACACCACCGGAGUUGGAACCCAAUGA